AUGCGACGAUCCCUCCUCUUCUUCGCCCUUUUCGCCAUCACGAUCUGUGAGGACGAUAACAUCACCGAAAUCCGGGCGACACCACCAAUAAGCUCGAUCCCGUCGCUCCCCUCCCGCCCUCUGUUCAUCAAAUCCAACGAGCACACCAACGACCGGCUGCACUGCCCGGCCACCGAAGAUGCCGUGUCCACCUGUGAAUACUCCAACAUCAUCUACUUCUACGAGUGUUGCGGAAAGUUGGACAUGUAUUGCUGUAUGAAAUUCAGGGAAUGGUUCUGGCUGGCCGUGGUCAUUGCCGGCGGGCUUGGCGUGAUCGCCUUCCUUGGAUUUUGCAUUCGAUGCGUUUGCACGCGAGUACUCGCCCGCUCGAACAGCUACGACUUC